ACUCUCUCACACAGCAUAAAGGCGACGUUCAGAGCUAAAAACUUGCGAUUCAUGGCAUGGAGGAGUCAGCGGGCAGCUGCAGCCCUGCGGUCCGUGCCAGGUCGGGUGGAUGAGCUGCAGAUCGUUCUCUGAACUCAACGAGCGCAAGCAACAAAAAAAAAGAAAAAAAAAAAAAAAAGAAAAACCUCGUCUGGCUGCUCGAGUGUUGUCCUCCUUUUUUUCUCCCCCUUUCCCCGUCUUAUUUUCCUUCUCCUCGGUGAAACCUGACUCAAGAUCUGCGGCUGAUCCGUCUACUUUGGACGGCAGAUUCAUUAUUUUUUAUUUUUUUGCGCUAAUUGGCUCGCGUGGUUUUUUUUUUAAUCAAACAGCAGCAGCAGAGAAGGAAAAGCUCAAACUGCAGCUUUUUCAGAUGCCUUCAACUUUGCGCGAGAGGGACAACCCCUAAAGCCCCGUUUUUUUGUUUUUUUUUUUUACACGAGGGGGACACACACACACACGCAUAUCCUCACACGCACACGCACAGGCAUCUCCGUCAUCUCCUCACUUCAUGAAAAGGACGCGUCUCGGCAAAAGGUGAUCGCAGAUCUGACGGGAAUCAUGGCAGCUACGCUAUCGGCGGAGGAAGAACAGGCCACCAGGCAGUUUCUGGAGGAAAUCAACAAGUGGACCAGUCAGCAUGGAGUGUCACCGCUGUCCAGGGAAUUGGCCGUCAAGUUCCUCAUGGCUCGCAAGUUUGACGUCCUCCGAGCCAUCGAGCUGUUCCACAGCUACAGGGAAACGCGUCUUAAAGAAGGAAUUGUCCGACUGCAGCCUCAGGAGGAGCCUCUGCGCUCGGAGCUGCUCAGUGGAAAGUUCACUGUGUUGAGUGUUCGAGACCCGUCGGGAGCUUCCAUCGCCUUGUACACAGCCAAACUCCACCACCCCAACAAGACGGGGAACCAUGUGGUGCUCCAGGCCCUCUUCUACCUCCUGGAUCGGGCUGUGGAAAGCUUUGAGACUCAGAGGAAUGGCCUGGUGUUCAUCUACGACAUGGCGGGCUCCAACUACACCAACUUCGAGCUGGACCUGAGCAAGAAGAUCCUCAACCUGCUCAAGGGGGCGUUCCCUGCCAGGCUGAAGAAAGUGUUGAUCGUCGGGGCUCCAGUUUGGUUUCGAGUGCCAUACAAUCUGCUCAGCCUGCUCCUCAAAGAGAAGCUGAGGGAGAGGGUUCAGAUGGUGAAAAUGGCCGACCUGCGCCAGCACCUGCCCAGAGACUGCCUCCCCCAGCACCUGGGGGGCCUGCUGCCUCUGGACGCCUACAGCUGGAACCAGCAGCUGCUGGCGGGCCAGAACGGCCGGGUGGACCCCGUGGACGAGCUGGUGGGCAUCCCCCUGGAGGACUCCUCCAUCCACGUCCCCGGGCCCGAGUCCAUGCGCCCGCAGGAGCUGCUGACGCACCUGGGCCGGCUCCAGCGCUCGGGCAUCCACCAGGAGUACGAGGAGCUGCGCAAAGAGGCGCCGCCGGGAACCUUCCACUGUGCACAAGCGGCCUACAAUCAGGAGAGGAAUCGCUACGGAGACGUGCUGUGCCUUGAUCAAACCAGAGUUCGUUUGAAACCCAGAAGAAACGAGAGAUCAGACUACAUCAACGCCAGCUUCAUGGACGGCUACAAGCAGAGGAAUGCGUAUAUCGGUACUCAAGGGCCACUGGAGAGAACCUACGGGGAUUUCUGGAGAAUGAUCUGGGAGCAAAAUGUCCUUGUUAUUGUCAUGACAACCAGGACCGACGAGGGCAGCCGGAGGAAGUGUGGACAGUACUGGCCCCUGGAGGAAGGCGGGCAGGAGGUCUACGGCCACAUGGCAGUGGUGAACCAGAGGGUGGACCACCACACCCAUUACAACCACACCACCCUGGAGCUGCACAACACUGAGACAUGUGAACAGAGACAAGUGAGUCACUUCCAGUACCUCAGCUGGCCUGACUACGGCGUUCCCACCUCAGCAGUGACCCUCAUUGACUUUCUGGGAGCUGUGAAGAGGCAGCAGAGGAAAAUGGUGAAGGCGCUGGGGCUCCAGUGGACGGGCCACCCGCUGGGACCCCCGAUGGUGGUCCACUGCAGCGCGGGGAUUGGGAGAACAGGUACCUUCUGCGCGCUGGACAUCUGUCUGUCCCAGCUGCAGGACGUCGGUUCGCUCAACGUGUGUCAGACGGUGCGGCGCAUGAGAACACAGAGGGCCUUCAGCAUCCAAACCCCCGACCAGUACUACUUCUGCUACAACGCCAUUCUGGAGCACGCCCAGAGACAGGGCCUGCUCCCAGCCAACCAGUGAGCUCCCGGCCAGCCCUCCAGCCUCUGCCGCCGCCGACGCGUCCAUCCCAAGCCAUCUUGCGCGACCAAUUAGAGAGAAGUGACCUCCUCGCAGCGGCCGUCUGUUUAAAAACUAUGCCAUUCUUUCCGGGGAGACCAACACAGGACAGAAACAAUGGAAGGCCUUGAUCGUUGACAUGACAUUUUAAUGUGAUUACAUGUUGGGUAGCCGACAAUGUGACGUUCUGUUUAUGUUUCGCUGAACAUAUCUUCUAAAAUACGUGGCAGAGUGAACCAACUGCCGGCGACUGGUGUCGUGUAGUUGUGUGUGUGUGUGUGUGUGUGUGUGUAUGUAUGUGUGUGUGUGUAGGUAUGAUGUGGCACAUUGGGUGAAGAUAAGUAAGGUUGGUUAACCUUUUUCUUUUAUUUAUUAGUCACUGGUGGCCCUUUAAAGGAACACUUCAUCCCCACAAUAAGUUUGUCUGCAGCUAAAAUAUCAUUUCUCAAACUUAUGACCACCACAGUCUAAUAAAAGCCUGAUUACCUGCUGCUGCUGCUGAAGUGCAACCAAGUGUUUCAUGGUCAAAUAAGGGUCCAGGGUUUGUUUGGUUUUUUUUACCCCUUUUACUCCAUGGGUCCAAACCAAUAACACUGAAGAUGCAGGACUUAUUUAUGCUUUAUGUGAAGUCCAAUAAAUUGUACAGAUACUAAGCGGCCCUUUUGUUUGCAUUGCGAUCACUCCAUGCAAAUGCUCCGCAGAGCCUUGUCAGCAACUUUCCCACUAGGAAACAAAGCACGAUGAGAAUUUAGAUCAGAUAUUUUUUGUUGAUGGCUGAUUUGUUUUUUCUUCAAACCAUGACUGAUGUAUACCGUCAAAACAAAUCAUAACUUACUUUGCAAUUUCUUCCUGUAUUUUUUUUUUCUUUUUGACCAAUUCACCCAGUCCCUAAAAUCUUCUUGCCAUUUUCGUGGAGGUAUUAAACGUUCAUUUUAACCAGACCCAAGAAUGUUGCAAACAGGAAGUUCGAUCUUUCCUCAAAGCCAGUAAUCAUGUGGUGUGACUGGGGGUCUCCACCAACUUCCCUCCUUGGAAAAAUACAGAUUUGCACCAUCCAAAUAUAUCGGUGGUGGAAUUUUUGGAACAUUGACAUGGAAUUUCUGCCCCUGUCGCCAUUAUGGGCAAAUAUAAUGGGGGUAGUUGUCUUCUCCUGUGUCUGGAAAAUGCUGCAUUCACCAUAAUUACAUUCUUAGACGGUACAAUCCAGGUUUGCUUAGUUUCAAGUGUCAGACUGAACAGAGGUGACACUACCUUUUUUUUUGUCAUUUUUCGGAUGCAUUCAGCUCUGCCACGGUUUAAAGGCAUCCAAACUGACAUGCCAGCCGACUCUUAAUUGUAUCUCCCCAUGAGUCCACCCAUAGCCAACACUUUCUUUUUCACCUAGACACUGACACCACAUUGUCACCUCUGUCAAAAGUGCCAUCUUACGUGAGUGAUUGCGGAAAUGUAUUUAGAGGCUCCCCAAACCCACAUCAAGCGCACACAUCCUCACCGGUGUCAACGCAGUUUGUGCUGCAGUGACUUUGCCACUUGAUCAGUUUAGACCUCACGAGUAGUGCAAUACUUUUGUUUUUCUUCUUCUUUUUCUUUUGACACAAACCACACCUUAGCACUUUGAAAUAACUCUUCCCAAUGUGCUCUGGCGUUCGGAUGGGAGGACCAAUACAACGUACAUGUAAUUCUGUAGGUCUACAUGUGAUGCCGGGAUAACUUGUCAUUGUAAAUUAAGUGAUGCUUCAAUAUAAAACAUAAUGGAGUUUGCUGUAAACCUCUGCAUAGAGCUUUAUUUGGACAAGUCAUGAGGAUUUCACGGGGAAACCAGAAAUUAGUGAUGAAAUAGCUGAAUAAAUAAGCACAAAUCUGUGCCUACACCCUAGUAAGUCCUUCUUGGGCACUUGAGUCAGAAAUGUAAGGAUAUUUUCGUUGUGGUUAAGCUCUACAGACUGUGGAUUGUUAUCCGUGCUUCAUCUGGACCCAGUAUCUUGCCAUUACUCCAGAGUACAUGUACAAAAGCUGUGUCUGUGUGUCAUACAUUGUUAUGUUGUUGUCAGGUUAAAAAAAAAAAGUCUGCUUUACUACAAAAUUCAUAUUGAAUUUGCUUGUAGGAAAGCAUUUUUCAGUCUGCCAUCCUCAUGUAAUCUGAUUUAAAAUUAUUGUUCCUUUCAAUGGUGGACACGAAAUGUGCUCGAUUUUAUUUUUCUAUUAUAUUCAACAACUGUUUUCAUACGAUUACCCAGAACUAUACAGUUAUCGACAUUAAUUUUAUAUUUGUUCUUGUUAUAACCUAUUACUUUAUCAUUAUUGAUUCAAGCUAUACUGUAUCAAAUACAAAGUACUUCAAUGUGAA